UUCAUAUGGAAGUAUGAAUGCAGUCGAUGCUAGAUCUGUGCGAGUGCAAUGUCCGAAUGCGAGGCGACAUUGGUAGAGGGAAAAAGCCCUGGAUGCUGCUGCUGAAUGCCGUUAGCCAUUCUGAGUGCAUUCCUGUGGUACACUUUUAGAUCGCGUGUGAGCGUGAACCAAAUGGACUUAGCAGUCUUUGGCAGCCAAAGGUGGCUUUCUAAAAGAUGACCAUAGAGGAACUUCCUGACCCUUCUGAAGAAGAAGUUUCAUUGAGUAUAAGACACCAGUAUUUUAUCUCUGGCUCCGAAGAUUCAAUUACACAUUCAGUCUCUGCUGCACCAAUGCCUUCAGAAUAUGGCCAGCCCCGCUUGGUGAAAAAAGAAGGUCUUGAGCUCACGCUUAAAGGUCCGAAGAUCAGGGAGAAGACGGAGUCCCACCGGCAGCUCGUUCCACAAGGCUGGGGACCCCAAAGAGAACGCUCUUCCCCUGGGGGCCGCCAGCUGACAUUGGUUGGCCGACGGCACCCUAAGGAGGCCCUCCCUGCGAGAGCGCAUUGGACGCACCGGACGAUGGGAGAGUUCUCUUUUUUCGAUCCAAAUGAUGCAGCAUGCCAGGAAAUCCUUUUCAAUCCCAAAACUUCUGUAUCUGAAUUAUUUGCUAUCUUAAGACAGUGGGUUCCCCAAGUUCAGCAAAACAUUGGUGUGAUAGGAAAUGAGAUCAUUAAGAGAGGCUGUAACGUGAAUGACAGAGAUGGCUUGACUGACAUGACUCUCUUGCACUACACUUGCAAGUCAGGAGCUCAUGGAAUUGGGGAUGUGAAAACAGCAGCAAAAUUUGCUUCUCAACUUAUUGAGUUGGGUGCAGAUAUCAGUUUGAGGAGUCGCUGGACAAAUAUGAAUGCUCUCCACUAUGCUUCCUAUUUUGAUGUUCCAGAACUCAUUACUAUCAUUUUGAAAAAUGCAAAACCAAAAGAUGUUGAUGCCACUUGCAGUGACUUUGAUUUUGGAACUGCCUUGCAUAUUGCUGCCUUCAACUUAUGUACUGGAGCUGCAAAGUGUCUACUGGAACAUGGCGCUAACCCUGCUUUUAAGAAUGACAAAGGGCAGACACCAGCUGAUGUGGUUCCUGAUCCAGUAGAUAUGCCAUUGGAAAUGGCUGAUGCAGCAGCCAGCGCUAAAGAAAUCAAACAGAUGCUUUUAGAUGCGGUACCUCUGGUUUGCAACCUUUCCAAUAUAAUGCUUCCAAAUUAUGAUAAUAUCACUGGAAAAGACAUGCUUGAAUCACUUGGUCUAAAACUGGGAGAUCGAGUUGUCAUUGCAGGACAGAAGAUUGGCAUAUUACGAUUUUGUGGCAUGACAGAAUUCGCCAGUGGGCAGUGGGCUGGUAUAGAAUUGGAUGAACCUGAUGGCAAAAACAAUGGUACUGUUGGAAAAGUGCAGUACUUCAAGUGUGCCCCAAAACAUGGUAUCUUUGCACCACUCUCUAAAAUAAGUAAAAUUUCUGGACACAAAAAAAGUACAAAAGCUGUCUCACGACCGUCAUCUAUAAUCAAAUCCAAGAAAAUUGAUGUAACCCACAUAACCUCUAAAGUGAAUUCUGGCUUAUCAAGAAAAGAUGGUACUUCCAAUUCCACGUUUGUAGGCAGUGAAGAAGUAACGAAAACUGAAUCAGGUAAACAAGCAAAUUACCUUGGAUUCAGUAGCUCAUCAUCCUCAACUGUAUCGUUAGAUAGCAAGGUGAAUUGUCCCAAGAAAAGCAAUUCCACAAGUAAUAAGAAGAAGGAAAACAUAAAAGACCACCCAAAUUCAUCCAAAUCUAUGGCUGAAGGAAAUAAUACUUUUCUAUCUGGAAAGCAAAAUGCAUUUGAUGAAGGGGAAAUUCAGAUUGGAGAACGAGUUCUGGUGGUCGGACAAAGAACUGGAAUAGUUAGAUUUUAUGGGACAACCAAGUUUGCACCUGGGCUUUGGUUUGGCAUAGAACUGGAUAAACCUCGUGGCAAGAAUGAUGGUUCAGUUGCAGGAAUACAGUACUUCAGAUGCCCCCCCAGAUAUGGUGUUUUUGCACCACCAUCUAGAGUACAAAAGUUAACAGGAUCACUAGAAUCUCUCACAGAUACUUCAAGUAAAAUGAAUCAUUCUUUCCCUGGUUUCCAACGAAGUUUUAGUACAACCUCUGCAGCUUCACAAAAAGAAAUAAACAGGAGAAAUUUCUUUGUCAAAUCAAAAAAUCCUUCUUUGCGUCGUAGUUGGAGCAACACUACUACUACAAGCACAGACGCUCCAGUUAAAUUACACGAAGGCUCUCAGGUCCUCCUGACCAGCUCCAGUGAGAUGGGCACAAUUCGCUACAUUGGGCCCACCAAUUUUGCUCCAGGCAUUUGGCUUGGCUUGGAACUUCGGAGUGCCAAGGGCAAGAAUGAUGGCUCUGUGGGUGAAAAGCGAUAUUUCACUUGCAAGCCAAAAUAUGGAGUCUUGGUGCGUCCAAGUCGAGUAACUUAUCGUGGGAUUAAUGGAGUGAAACUUGUUGAUGACAUCUGUUGAAGAACAUCGUUUCAGUUAAGAUGAGGAUCUCACAAAAACAGAUGAGGAAAACUUUUACCUGCAUGGAACCCUAUCUUUACUUAACAUCCUAAAGCUUCGUGGCUCUAAGAUGUUCACAGUUUGGAAGUGUGCAGUGACUGAAGAAUGAGAUCUUAGUAACUUUCACUAUAAAACAUUUCUUGCUUGAAUACUUCUUGUAUUAGAAACAUCUUGGAUUUGAGCUGCUCUGUUACUCCAAUAAUAACCAUUAUUCAAACUAACUUCAUUUUGACAGGCUUUGUCUCUUCAAAAUGAGCUUUUCAACCUAUAUGUUAGUGAAGCUAUAAUGCAUCAAGAGAUCAUACAGCUUGUUCAAUAACUGUUUAAACUGCUUUCUCUAGAAAAAAACAAUAAGGAAGAAAAGCAACAGAGAAAGAACUGAACUCUGGGAAGCUGUUAGCUUUAGACAGUUCCCUGAAAGCACAAAAUGAUCUGUUUAAAAAAAACUGAAAAGCAGAAUUUGCUUGUUUGACAUGACAUGAAAGCUAAAAAAUGGAUAUUUUCAGGUUUCCAGCAAAAGCACUUUUAAAUUGUAUGUGUGCAUGGGGACGCUUAAAAAAAAUGCCAGAAGCACUUUAAAAAAAAAGCCUUUGGGACAUUUGGGUGCACUUUUAUUUCCCCUGAAGUAUUUUCUAUGAUCCUUUGGAUAAUCCAUUUGGUAAGUUGAGGCCUGUAGCAUUGUACCAGUUGUAUGUGUCCCAAGCACUAUAUCCAGAAGAGGCUAGGAGAUCAAUAAGUGUUAAGAUCUUGAAGAAAUAGAUGCUUGUAUAUACAACUCCUCCUGCUUCAGAAAACAUGCACCUUCUUGCUAUGGCAGGUGGGAAGAAAGUCACUUGGUGUGUGUUAUCAUUCUCACCUUCAAUUCUCCAGGAUGAUUUGAUCAUGAUUGCCUUUUGAGAACUGAAAUUGCAAAAACUUUGUGGAUGGUUUGCUGUCUUUUCACGUGUUUCUUUGACUAUUGCAGGCGCUAGGCUGUUUCACAGCCAAUACAUCAAGCCAGAGGAGAAUUCAGCUGAACAGAUGUUGAGUACUUAGCCUGCAGGCCAACAGAAGCCAACAUGGAUGCCAAAAAAUUAUGUGCAAAUCUAUAGUUUGCUACCUGCAUCCAAAAUACAUUUUUAAAAAGUAUUAUAUAUAUAAAUGAAAAGCCAAAGAAACCAGCAAAUGAUUUAUUUCUUCUUAAUGAAGCAUCUUGUCAAACUGCACUUAAAACCGCAACAAUUUAAAGCAUCAUUAAGGACUUUGGCAAGAUUUAUUUACUCUGUAUAAACCAUUUAAUGAUAAAAUGAUAUUUUCAGCUUUCCUAGAAGAAAUUUUCCUGAUCUAUAUUUCUCAUGAUCCAGCAAUACUGUUACUCUCGUUAAUGAAUACUUUUGACUAAGGAGACUAGUUACAUGAUAUGACUAUAAGCUUAUUUUUAGUUGUAAGAUCAUGCAAAAAGUAGUUAAUGAAUUUAAGGCUGAAGUUGCACCUUGAUGCUUGAUACUUCCUAAUCCAACAUUAGCUUUCUUGAUAGUUAAAUUUUAUUUUGUUAUUUAUAUUGAUAGAAAGGGUUGUUACUAAGCAUGGUUGUGCAAAACCUUUGAAAGAGGUGUUUAAUGUACAUGGGAGUGUGUGCAAAGCUCCUCUCUUCUAAUCAGCUAAAUCCUUUUCAAAGCUCAUGGAGUUCAUAUGCUUUUUGAGGUUCAAGAGUGUGGAACAAGUUACUAUAUUAAUCAUAAAGCCUAGGAAAGAAGCAGCUGCCUUAUGAUUCCAAAAGCGAUGCCGCCACCAGUAAUACAAAAUAAAGCAGAUGUUUAAAAAUUCCAUUUAUGUCUGUAAAACCUGAAAUCUCAAAGAAACUCAAGAGCAACAAUGUAAUCACUGAUAUGCUCCUUGAUACUCAUUAGGCAAUUCACCCCACUUGAAUUCAAAGAUUCUUUUAGUCAAGCACAAUAAAUGGCAAUCUAACAUGCCACAAAACACCAGCCUCAUACAUUAUCUGUAUUUCCAACAGUGCCUUUGGGCUCCAUAGAGAUCCAGCAUAGUUCAGGGCUUCAUUUACCUUCAGGUAAAGUCUUCAUCGUGACCAGUCCCAUGGUCGCAUCUGUUUUAUAAUAUGCCCAAAACAUGCUCUCAAAGUUCCACGUUCCAAAGUUCUCGCUGAGCAUCUCCUCUAUGAAAAAACCUUGUUAAUGAUUUAAUUGGUCCAUAGAUACCUUGAUGUUGAACAUAAAAGUAUUAUACAUUCCUUGUAUACUGUAUCUUUUGCAUUAUAUUUCUCUUUCACCCUCUUCGUAUUUGACUAAUGAAGCCUCCAGGGAAAUGCUUAAUAUAAUUAAAGAGUAAAAAUGUAUUGAUACUU